GCUUCCCCGCCUCCCUUCCUAGGCCUGCCGCGUCGCGCGUCCUCAGCUCGGGGCUCUGGUUCGUGGGCCACGCGCGAUGGGGCCCCGCAGCCCUACGGCCGCGUUGCUGGUGCUGCUGUGUGUCGGGUGCGCGCCGACCCCCGGGCGCGGGCAGUACGAGCGCUACAGCUUCCGCAGCUUCCCGCGGGACGAGCUGAUGCCGCUCGAGUCGGCCUACCGCCACGCGCUCGACCAGUACAGCGGCGAGCACUGGGCCGAGAGCGUGGGCUACCUGGAGGUGAGCCUGCGGCUGCACCGUCUGCUGCGCGACAGCGAGGCCUUCUGCCACCGCAACUGCAGCGCGGCCACGCCAGCACCCGCGCCCGCCGGCCCGGCCAGCCACGCCGAACUACGCCUCUUCGGCAGCGUGCUGCGCCGCGCGCAGUGCCUCAAGCGCUGCAAGCAGGGCCUGCCCGCCUUCCGCCAGUCGCAGCCCAGCCGCUCAGUGCUGGCGGACUUUCAGCAGCGCGAGCCCUACAAGUUUCUGCAGUUCGCCUACUUCAAGGCCAAUGACCUCCCGAAGGCCAUCGCUGCGGCUCACACCUAUCUCCUGAAGCAUCCAGAUGACGAGAUGAUGAAGAGAAACAUGGAGUAUUAUAAGAGCUUGCCUGGAGCCGAGGACCACAUUAAAGACUUGGAAACCAAGUCGUACGAGAGCCUGUUUGUCCGUGCGGUGCGGGCCUACAACGGGGAGAACUGGAGAACGUCCAUUUCCGACAUGGAGCUCGCGCUUCCCGACUUCCUCAAGGCCUUCUACGAGUGCCUGGCUGCCUGCGAGGGGUCGCGGGAGAUCAAGGACUUCAAGGACUUCUACCUGUCCAUAGCAGAUCACUAUGUGGAAGUUCUGGAGUGUAAGAUUCGUUGUGAGGAGACCCUCACCCCAGUCAUAGGAGGCUAUCCCGUGGAGAAAUUUGUGGCGACCAUGUACCACUAUUUACAGUUUGCGUAUUACAAGUUGAAUGAUCUGAAGAAUGCAGCCCCGUGUGCCGUCAGCUACCUGCUCUUUGACCAGAGUGACAGGGUCAUGCAACAGAACCUGGUGUACUAUCAGUACCACCGGGACAAGUGGGGCCUCUCGGAUGAGCACUUCCAGCCCAGACCCGAAGCAGUUCAGUUCUUUAAUGUGACGACGCUCCAGAAGGAACUGUACGACUUCGCUCAGGAACACCUAAUGGAUGACGAUGAGGGAGAGGUUGUGGAGUAUGUGGACGACUUGUUGGAGACGGAAGAGUCUGCCUAGUCCACAGGGGCUAAGGAACCUCUCUUCCGAGUUCCUCUUUCUUCAAGUGCCUGGGUUGUUGAUACCUCACAGCCUUUUCUUCUUAAAGUAAGAAGGAAGCCACCAUCUCUCCCUACCAAGGUCAAGCCUGACUUCCCCUUGUUCACACUCAGUAUUCACGCUUGUCUUCAUGGUUACACGUCUUCAUGCCUGUCUUUCCCUUCACACAUGUGUUCCCGUCAUCUAGUCUGUCCUCCUCAAAGUCACGUUCGUCUCCCCUCUGAUCCCAUGUGUCUCCCCCAUGUUCAGAAAGACAGUCUUCUGUGGUCUGCUUUCUCAUCCCUGAAGAAAAAUCAGUAUUAUUUUUUAAGUAAGAAAAACACUAAAAGAUGAUAAAUAUAUUUGGAGAAUUUC